AGGUAGGAGUUGUGAGAUCUUCAAUGUCUUCCAGAGGAAAUGGUCCAGACUGGAACAGAGCCAGAACCAUAUACAGCCAGUCAUAAGCAUCAGUUCAUCUCAUCAAAGCAGCAGAGUCGAAGCUCCAGCCAAUUCCCACUACUUUCACACAUCACCAUUGGCCAGCUGCUGCGGAGAUGGGUGACAUGAUUCAAUGCUUUUGUGUGUUGAAAAGAAACUUUAAUACUUUUUUUAAGCUUUAGGCAGACAUGGUGUAAUGUAUGUGGUCUCCUUUGAGUUGUUCAGUGUGAGGCCUCAUCCUCAGAGGCUGAAAUGAAGGGGAAAAGAUGUUGACUGUAUAACAAAAUUCACAUGAACUCAUACAAAUACAUAUAAACACACCCAGCAGCUAAACCUUAUCCCUGUCCUCAGUCCAACUAAAGGAUCAUGCCAGAAGGUCUGUGAGCCGAUCCAAGAAAUCUGGCAUUCAGGAAUGUUAUUUGCGCUGGGAUCAGACCGUGGCUUUCUUCUUUCUGGUCUUUUUUCUCUCCUUUUUUGUGUGUGUGCUUGUGUGUCAAGGGGACAGACUUGUGGUCUGGUCACAUUCACUGUGAACAGCAUGUGCAGAAAACCUGCCGAACUCCCAGACAUUUGUUAUCCAGGAGUCCUCCAGUAGGGCCUCUGCCAAGCUGUGACAGAGACGCUGGCUCACACACGCACACAAGCUUGCAUGUGCAGAGUGGCGGCAAGCAGGCCAGCACAGAUGAGCUCGCCGUGGCAAGAGGGUAGACGUUCUCUGAGGAGGCGCUGUCCGUGGUGAGUGAGGAUCAAUCUCUGUUUGAGUGUGUCUACAGCGUGGCCCAGCAGGCCAAGCCAGACAUGACAGCAUCAGCAGUGAGUGAGUAUGGCCAGAGUAAGCUGAGUCCCCGGGCCACACAGCAGGACUGGCUCACCCCUCCACCUGGCCGUGUCACCAUCAAGAUGGAGUGCAACAACGGAGGAGGAGGAGCAGGAACCACAGGAGGCGGAGGAGGAGGAGGAGGAGGUGGAAGAGUGGGGCAAGUGAACGGCUCUAGGAGCUCUCCAGAUGACUGCAGUGUGGGGAAAGGAAAGAUGGCAAGUGGAGGUGAUGGUGCUCCUAUGACCUAUAGCAGCUACAUGGAGGACAAGCAUGCCGCCCCUCCCAAUAUGACGACCAAUGAGCGCAGAGUCAUUGUACCUGCAGACCCCACGCUAUGGACGGCGGAUCAUGUGCGUCAGUGGCUGGAGUGGGCUGUAAGGGAGUACGGCUUGCUGGAGGUGGACAUCUCACUGUUCCACAACAUUGAUGGCAAGGAGCUCUGUAAGAUGAGCAAAGAGGACUUCCAGCGUCUCACGCCCAGCUACAAUGCUGACAUCCUACUGUCUCAUCUCCACUACCUACGGGAGACUCCACUUCCCCAUUUGACUUCAGACGAUGUUGACAAAGCCUUGCAAAACUCGCCACGGUUAAUGCAUGCACGUAACACAGGAGGUGCAAGCUUCAUCUUCCCCAACACUCCUGUCUACCCACCUGACACUCCCAGAGCCCCUGCAAGACCAGAUUUGGCUUAUGAAGCUGCAAGACGAUCUGCAUGGCCACCCCAGUCAGCGUCAACCAAUAAAGUUUCACAGUCUUCACCAGCCAUUGUCACCAAAACAGAGGAGCAGAGGCCACAACUUGAUCCAUAUCAGGUUUUGGGACCAACGAGCAGCAGGCUGGCAAACCCAGGUUCGGGUCAGAUCCAGCUGUGGCAGUUCCUUCUGGAGCUGCUCUCGGACAGCGCGAACUCGAGCUGCAUCACAUGGGAAGGCACAAAUGGCGAGUUCAAGAUGACCGACCCAGACGAGGUGGCUCGGCGCUGGGGAGAGCGUAAGAGCAAGCCCAACAUGAACUACGACAAGCUGAGCCGUGCUUUGCGCUACUACUAUGACAAAAACAUCAUGACCAAGGUGCAUGGAAAGCGCUAUGCCUACAAAUUCGACUUCCAUGGCAUUGCCCAGGCCUUACAGCCUCAUCCUCCUGAGUCCGCCAUGUACAAAUACCCUUCUGAUCUGCCCUAUGUGAGCUCCUACCACCCCCAUACGCAGAAAAUGAACUUUGUUUCACCUCACCCCCAGGCGCUGCCUGUCACGUCCUCUGGCUUCUUUGGUGCACCCAACCCUUACUGGAACUCACCCGGAGCUGGCAUCUACCCUAGUCCACGUCAUCCAGCCACCCACAUGCCGCCUCACCUGGGCACCUAUUACUAGGUGUCUCAGUGUGGGCAAGAAAAUAACAGCAUCUUUCCUGAGUGGAACUGGAGCGCCCUCAAGAGGCUGAAAAUAGCAGCUUUGUGCUGAGCCAGGGAACUGGAUAUGGUGGUGUAAUUAUCUACACAGGAGGAGGAAGUAGGAAAUGGAGGAGGCACACAAUAACAAACAUGUAAAGAAACCAAAAUUUGACUGUGGGAUGUUGUAAUCAAUACUUUUUAAGAGGUUCUCAAUUGUAUGUAGACCAGUGAGUCUAAAUUACAUCAGAUUAUCUAAGGAAUGCAAAAUAACAAUGCAAACAAAAGGUCCUGCGCAAUUUGACUGCAAUGCAAUAAAUAUUUCAAGGCCAAGUAGCUUGUACAUGCUGUCUGCAAGGCUAAACAAGCAUUCUUAUGGGCACAAGAUGGCCUCUGGACGCAAUGCCAACAUAUUCAAGACUUUAAGGUCAGCAGCAGGUCAUUAAGAGAAUGUGAAAGAGGACAAUCUAGCAAGUUGCAUUCAUGUAAAAAGGGCUUUUAAUUUACCAAAGACAAAAAAAAAUUAGGUGCAUGAACAGUUAUAUAUUAUUCUAUAUGUGUUAAGUAUUAAACUACCUUCAUUUGAAUAAACAUAUCAGAGAGAGUUAGUAAGAUGUAAAUGAAUUAAACAGGUGGGUGAAGUGUGAAAGUAAGAGAAUGGCUCAGAGAAAGAGAGAGAGAGAAAAUGGAAAAUGUUGAGUAUUAGUCAGGGAAUGAGAUGAAGGCAAGGUAAAGAAAGUAUCAAGUAUUACUGCUUUGGAUAUAAACUGCCAUAUUUAUCAGUAUUAUACUACAUAGUAGUUCAUAUGGCAUUAUAGAGGAUAAAGAAGGGACAUUUACUUGAUUGUUAAUUUCAUAAAGGGAAGAACCUUGAAAAUGAUUUUGAUUUAAAAAAAAAAACUGGAAAUGGAAAUAUUCUUUAAGUGUUUUAAAUGACCUCAGACAUUUUUAGACAGAGGUGGAUUUUUAAAAUCAGUGCCUUAUUGAAGAAGUUUUUCACACAUUGGUGGAGGUUUUACCAAAGUACCAGUUUAUGUGUUGUUAUUAUUAUUAUUUUCUGAGUCGCGAACGCUGUGCGUUUGUCAGAUUGAAGUAUACAAUUCAGUGUUAUAUUUCAUUUUAUAUGAUAGAUAUAUAACUUAUGCAUUUAAACACUACGAGUUGAUCUCAGCCAGCUAAAUACAGACAUUUAUAUGAUAGUUUUAGGAGAAAGAAAAAACGUGGACCAAAGUUAGCAAAAGAAAGUGAACCGCUGUGGCCUUUGAACUUUAAGCUCUGUAUACAGUAUGAUUGUUUACAAAUGUAAGCCAUGUGUGCUAAUAUAAAAUGAAUUGUUUGUGAAAGCUGGUCUGGUUUGGCAUUCAGACUUGUCUCAGUGUUAGCAGCAUUUACACUUAAGACUUCAGAGUAAAAAUAUGUAAAUCUCUAACAACUGAACAACUGGACUGAUGCUCUGAGAUUGGUGACAAAUGGCAGAGAACAUACUUUCAUAAAUUAUAUGAUUUUCUACUGAAUAAAUUUAAUAAACUAUUUUGAAACCAAACUUCUUUUCAAUGUGUAAAGAAUGGUGUUAUAGUAAAUUACAUUUUAUUAAGUGUAUUAUAGUCAGUUACAAAUAAGAAAAAACAUUUUUGUUAAAUAAAUUUAAUUUGCUUACUGAAUUACUAUAAAUGGUGAAAGGCUUCAUGAUUAUUCACUAUUAAAUUAUUAUUGACAUUUUCCACAUAUUACACAGUAUAAUUGUACUGAGAAUACAUUACAUAUUACCAGCUACUAUACUGAAUAUAUUUUAAAUAACUUAAAAAAAGCAAUAGAAACUCUGUGUGUGUGUGUGUGUGUGUGUGUGUGUGUGUGUGUGUGUGUGUGUGUGUGUGUGUGUGUAAAUAGAAUGACAAACUCUAACAUAAGCGUGCUUGACAUGAGUUCAUAUGUUGCCACAACAAAUUUAGAAACAUGAGACUGUUCGAAACAUUCUGAGGAGGAAAGAAUAUCAUCCACUAUCAUAAUAAUCCAAGAAUGACAGCAACUAGAAAAAAAUAUUUCAACAUAAAGUAUAGUGUAAAAUGUAACUAAAAUUCCUUUAGCCAUAUUUGAAUAUUGUGAUUUUGUUCAUUUCUCAUUUUGCUCAUGUUCUUCUAGAAUGUUAUAAUUAUGUUGGCUUAACAAAGCCAGCAUACUUUUGUGCUUUAUAAGAUUCAAGUUGCUAUGACUUUUCUAAGUGAUCGGAAAUACGGAAUUCUUGUCUAUCUAGUCAACUGUAAAAGUAUUGGAACCCUAUCUCUCUGUCUCUCUUUUUUUCUUAAUACAGCACAUUACCUUCAGAUUUCAAACUGAUAAGUAUUUUAAACUCUCAAGUUUGUCAUGACGGACUUUACCUAUCUAGUUUGUACAAUAUAAAUAAAAACCGUCUGGUUCGCUGGUAAGAUGCUGCAUUUUAUCAAUCAAAUGCAUAUAGAAUACACACACUGCAUCAGCACAGAAAUCUUCUGUCCUAUAAUGGUUAUCUGUUAAUAUUUAGUGGAAGCUUUUAUCCUUUUGUAAUCCGUGCUUAUUCAUUUCAUUUCAAUACCGCUUAUCUCCUUUACUGCUUUAUUGUGUUUGUUCUGAAACUUAACCUGAAAAUCUAUCUGUAGGCUGCAACCACACUCUAUUCACUAUAUAGUGCACUAUUCUGUAAGUCCAUGUAAUAUGAUAAUACAUAAUUAACUGUGAACUUAGAAUUCACUUUGAUCUGUAUGAUGAAGAGGGUGGGGAUCAUUGUUACUUAGUUGUUAGCACAUUUGCCUCACACCUCUGGGGUUGGGAGUUCCUGCCUCUGCCCUUUGUGGACAGAGCUUGCGUGUUCUCCCUGUGAUUUGGGAUUUUCCUCCGGGUACUCCGGUUUCCUCCCCCAGUUCAAAGACAUGCAUUGUAGGCUGAUUGGCAUGUCCAAAUUGUCCGUAGUGUGUGAAUGGUGGUGUGAGUGUGAGUGUGUGAGUGUGAUUGUUCCACACCAUCCAGGGGGUUCCCUGCCUUGUGCCCCUAGUUCUCUGGGAUAGGCUCCAGGCGUCCCGUGACCUUGUGCAGGAUAAGUGGCACAAAAAAUGGAUGGAUGGAUGGAUGGACAGAUGGAUGAUGAAGAGGGUGUGGUGUUGGCACAUUGCCAGCCCCCUGACAUUUAAUAUGGGCUUUAUGUUAGAGAAAAUUAUUAUACUGUCUCAGAAUUAUUAGCAAACAAUGCAACUGAUCCCAUAUACAGCCCUCUACUAAUAUUGACACCCUUGGUAAAUAUGAGCAAAGAAGGCUGUGAAAAAUUGUCUUUAUUGUUUAACCUUUUGAUCUUUUCCUUAAAAAGAAUUCACAAAAAAUAUUCUGCUCUCAUGGAUAUUAAACAAUUGCAAACACAACACAUGUUUGUCCAAAAAAUAUAUAUAUUUGUUAAAUAUAGGUGUACAAAAAUUAUUGGCACCCUUUUAGUCAAUACUUUGUGUUACCUCCCUUUGCCAAGAUAACAGCUGUGAGUCUUCUCCUAUAAUGCCUGAUGAGGUUGGAGAAUACAUGGCAAGGACUUUUUCUUGAAACCCUUCCAGAUAACUUGUGGUGAUGUAGAUGACUUCGGAUUGUAGUUUUGGAGACUUUCUGGCCCCAAGAUGCAACUAACUUCUGCAAUUCUCCAGCUGUGAUCCUUCGAGAUUUUUUGGCCACUCGAACCAUCCUC